CAGAGGUGUAAGGUAGAGUACCAGAGACAACCGGAGGAUGGAAGAAAAGGAAGGAGAGAAUGGAGUGGCGGCCAUGGCAGCCUUCUACCAGGGAUUUGAUCCUGCAACGUAUCUGCAGAAUAACUACUCUCCACAACAGGCUGAUUUGGAAAGAAAGGACAGCCUUGACCCUUGGACACUGGCAUGCCUGCAUAGAGCUUUUACUGAAGGCGAUGUGAGUGGUGAGCUGCUGGUGGACAUAGGUUCGGGUUCCACAUUGUACCAGGUGAUGAGUGGCUGUGAGGUUUUCAACAAGGUGCUCCUCACAGAUUUCCUGGAGGUCAACAGGCAGGAGCUGAGGAGCUGGCUCCAGGACGAGGGAGGCUGCAGGCUGGACUGGACACCAUUCCUGCAGCACGUCUGCAAGCUGGAGGGACGACCGCCCUCAGCAUGGACAGAGAUACGUUGUGGCUACGCCAGGUCAUCAUGGACAUUGUCCACGUUGACGCACCGCCAGCCCUCUGGCCCUGAUGUCCUUCCGCAGCAGGCCGACUGUCUCAUGUCCUCCUACUCGUUCGAGGGUGCCAGCCCCGACAAACAUAUCCAGGUGUUUAGAAUGGCCAAGAGUCAAAGUCAGACCUGA